UGUUGAUUAUUCAAUCAUUGUUAAGUGCUAUAUUAUAGUGGAUAUAGACUACUUAGUAAAAUAGUAAACUACUAAACUGUCUAGACGCCACUGCCCACUGUGCAAGGUGGAUAACAGUAUUCGCAUUUUAAUGUUUCUCAAUUUUCUUGGUGUUUUUCAUUAUUGUACUCACCUGCAGUCUUGUUGAAUAUUAUUCAUUUAUGUACUCACACAUUAUACUCUUUUAUACAAGUGGUUUGAAAUAAUAAUUAUUAUUUUUGUGAUUUUUACUUAUCUAGUAUGCCUCUCAAAUGUUUUGUGCCUGGGUGUAAGUCAGGUUCACCCAAACAAAAUUUAAUAUAUCAGCAGCAAGGAAUGAAACGACCUUCAGUAUUUCAUCCUCCUGAGAAAAUGAUUGAUACUUGGAAUUUAMAAAUUUCACGAGCUGAUAGAACGUUAACAAAAAAAGAUGGAGUAUGUGAACUAUAUUUUGCUUCUGAAGAUAUUAUUUCAUUUAGAAUUUUUGAGGAUAAAGCGGGGAAUGAAAUUAAAUAUAAACUUAAGAAGGUUAUUUUAAAUCAAAAUGCUAUACCUUGUAUUUUCACCCCUAAAUUACCUUCAUGUUUCAACAAAAAUAGUAAAAACGAAGAACUACAACAGAAAGAUCAAUAAGUCCAAACAAUGUCAAAAAAAAAUAAACCCAGUGACAUAAAUACUGUGAAUAAAACAAUUGUUACUCCUCAAAUCGCUACUGAAAUAACUGAAAAUAAUCAAGUUGAAAAUUUAAAAUAUAAUGUUCAUAUUGAUGCAAACAAUAUUAAACUACCAGGUGAAAUGUGGGGAUCGCAUACCAAUUAUUUAGAAAAAACACUUUUUACUCAUAUCCGAGGUGUUCCUAAUGAUAAAUGUAUUAUGUUUACUACCCCCAACAUAGCUAAGGUUCCUUACCUUUUGGAUGAAAUGUCAUUAUCAUCUUCAAUAAAUCAACUUAAAUCAUUAACGGCUUAGUUGAAUCCAUAAUAUCAAGACGUGUAUGAAGUGGUAAUCCAUUAGGUAACAUUUAGAGGAUCAUGGACACAAACAAUUAGUGCUUUAAACAAUGUCAUGCAACUUAUAUUAUUGAAGCCAUAUUUUUAGGACCAGGAUGAUGAAAAACAGAAUGUUCCAGAUAUUUACGUUUAUUAAACACGAGAUUACAUUACCAUUAGUUUUAAGCUUUAACAAUUAGUAUGCUUUUACAAUACUGUGUCGUAAUUUGUAAAAAUUAGAAAACUUUGAAAAAUAAUUAUUUUUUUAGUGUAAUUCGAUAGAUUAAUCAA